UUCAACGCUGGGGAAUGUAACAGUGGAGUAUCGCGCCUUUUCUCGUGUUCGGCAGGCCGGCUGUGGGUUUGUGUUCUUUUUAUAAGUUUCGUCAGCAAAUACAUAUAUUUUCGUUAAAGUAAGUGCUUCAUAACAAGUUAAUCGUACGUAGCAUUUCUGUGUGCAGCGAAUUCUUUCUGUAGUAGUCAUAUAUAAGUUUCGAAGUGUAUAAAGUUGCGUGGAGUGAUUUUAACCUAUACACAGGAUCCAUGUGAGUUGCAGGCUUGUCACUGGAUGAAAUUUAUUAACUUCUAGACGUGAUAUUGGAGCCAGGAUUGAAGCUUCAGACGUCAAGGUCGAAUGUCGGACAACUGUUUCGCCGUUUGCAAAGAUGAUUCAGAAUUUCCCGAAGUAACAAAGUAAAAUUGCAGUUGGUGAAUGCGAUGAGACUCCUAGCAAAACAUGACGUCACAGCUAGAGCAGCCUGUUAUCACACGUUGGGUGACUCGCCUCUGGGCUGCAAGAUGCCACUACAUAUCAUACUACCAUGCCACGACAACGCGCAUCUGAGGGAGAUGACUACAACGGUAAGAAUGAAAGACGCUGUGUGGCUGCUGUGCUUGCCGACUGGAGGGUCGGUACAGGAGCUCCUGCAAGGUGUACGUAUCCCACUGGACAGCGAGUUCCUCGUGGCACAUGUCCAGGACCAGGACGUGGUGCUCACAGAAAUGUACCACAUUUCUGACAACCUGCAGGAAUUUCAUUUCGGAACUUGGAAUCCGAGUAGCGGACUCUAUGUCUCAUCCGAGGGAGACAUCUAUGAUCGGAGGUCAAAUCUGCAGGGAACUGUCAUCAGUGCGUCUUCAAUUCAGGGCCCUCCAAUGACAGCUAUUGAUAAAGAAACCGGGAGGAUUAUGGGAUUCGUUGGAGACGUGUGGGCAGAACUUGAACUUCGAAUGAACUUCAGAACGGAAUUAAAGAGAGAGCCUGCAGAUUCAUACGGAGCCCUCACGAAGAAUGGUACAUGGACAGGCAUGAUUGCUUUGCUCGUGAGUGGUGAUGUAGAAGUGGCUGUCGGGGACUUCACCGUGAACACGCAGCGGGCCAAAGCCGUGGAUUUCACAGUACCAGUCUCCGAGUCCGUCGUUUCCGUAUAUGUUCGUUGGAUAGAGCUUCGAGAUUUUGACUUGAAGGAUUUCCUGGCCCCUUUCAGCAAAGAACUAUGGAUCACCGCGAUAGCUGUGAUAUUCACAAUGUCCCUCUGUCUCGCAGCCAUCCGCAGCUUCGAACAUCAUGAAGAGAGUAGACGCCGCUAUGGUGCUUUCAGAUAUCUUCUUCAUGUUUAUUCAAUCUUCUGCCAGCAAGGUGUAGAGGCCGUUCCCGGAGCCAUGUCAUGCAGACUGGUGUAUGUUGGAGUGUAUUUCACAGCAGUCACCCUCUGCGCUGCCUAUUCAGCCACCCUUGUCUCUUCGCUGGCAGUACAGACAAACGCAUUGCCAUUCAAAAACUUUCAGCAAAUGCUGAAAAGAAAUGAUUUUGAAAUGGGCGUUGUUAAUAACUCAGCAGUGCUCAGUGAAUUUGAAGAGGCGACAGAUCCUAUCUUACAUCAAGUUUAUAGCCGAUUCAUUGCCCAUAAGAGAUAUAAUCUCCCACCGAACUCCAUUUUCGGUUUGAAUAAAGUCUGUGAGAACAAGAAGUAUGCAUUCGUAACAUCGAGUCUCAUUGCUACUUACACGGAGAAAAGCCUCAGUUGCUACGUCGUACCUUUACCAGAAGCAUUUACCAGAGAAUAUCUUUCAUUGGCCGUGGCAAAGAAUAGCGCUUACCUCGACAUCAUCAAUCACAAUUUAUUAAAACUUCGACAUGACGGCUCUCUUAAGAGAUUCCACACCCACACGUGGCCACCAAGAACGCUGGAAUCAGACUCCACGUGGCACAGCGUUGACAUCUUUGACGUCAUGUCCAUUCUAAUCGUGUUGGCAGCAGGAACCGUUAUGGCGACUGUUUUCCUUGCAGUGGAGAUCCUACACCAGCAACUGAGCCUCAGGAACACCGGUCAAUGUCGACUUCCUGCAAUAUAACAGAGGAAUUGCGCUUUCAUGGACAAAAAGAAAACAAAAAAUGUGAUUAUAGAACAUAUUGAUCAUCACACUUAACCCUUCAA